CCCCCCCGAGACGUUUGCCAUCGGUGGCGUUUUGCACCACCACGGGGGAAUUGGAGCGAGGAGCGGAGGCCCAAUUGUGCGAACAGGCUAACUGACGGCACAGUGCAGGACGACGACUUAGCAGGGACGGCGAGAUGUUAACUACCUCGCCUGGUAUGCGAGGUAGUUUGUGGGUUCGAUCCUGACCCUGACGCUGCCUGCUGUGCAUUUAGAGAUUUUGGUGUCCCUCUGUCGCCCGUGGUGGCGUGGAUUUUUCUCCGGGUCCUCCAUUUUUUUUGUUUUAGCUCCGCGUUCAAAAUCGACAUCACGCGCUUAGAGUAUUUGGCUGUAAUAAAUUGCCACCCGGUGAUAAGCGGCUUCUCUGAGCUAUCGUUUGUGAUGGCCAGGUUCGCUUCUGAAAAAAAGAGAUGUAUAGGUCAGUGGGCUUUAGCUGGUAAAAAAAAAAUUAGUUUCGUUUAAUUACUGCUAACGAAGAACCCUUUCAGAAAUCACCGAAAUAUUUGACCGAUAAACUGCAGCUUGGUCCUAUGUCAGCCACGCUUUUGGCAAAACAAUGCUUCGGAGCUCUUGCGCUAUCGCCGCUGAGAUUCUCCCAUUAAGAAACCUACUUAGUCCAUCUAAUAUGUUAGAUAAACUGGAGGUUUAAAAAAAAGUAACUGUACAGCACUCUGAAGCGGGCAUCCUCAGGAUUUGCCCGCCACUGUGGGCAUCCUCAGGAGAUGAAGAUGCCUGCAAGAUUUUCCCGCAUCUGUGGGCAUCCUCAGGAGUUGAAGAUGCCUGCAAGAUUUGCCCACAACAGCGGGCAUCCUUAGGAGUUGAAGAUGCCUGCAAGAUUUUCCCACGACCUUAGGCAUCCUCAGGAGUUGAAGAUGCCUGCAGGAUUUGCCCGCUACUGUGGGCAUCCUCAGGAGUUGAAGAUGCCUGCAGGAUUUGCCCGCUACUGUGCAUCUUCAGGAGUUGAAGAUGCCUGCAGGAUUUGCCUGCUACUGUGGGCAUCCUCAGGAGUUUAAGAUGCCUGCAGGAUUUGCCUGCUACUGUGGGCAUCCUCAGGAGUUGAAGAUGCCUGCAGGAUUUGCCUGCUACUGUGGGCAUCGUCAGGAGUUGAAGAUGCCUGCAGGAUUUGCCCACUGCUGUGGGCAUCCUCAGGAGUUGAAGAUGCCUGCAAGAUUUGCCCACUACUGUUUGCAUCCUCAGGAGUUGAAGAUGCCUGCAGGAUUUGCCCGCCACUGUGGGCAUCCUCAGGAGUUGAAGAUGCCUGCAGGAUUUGCCCGCUACUGUUGCCAUCCUCAGGAGUUGAAGAUGCCUGCAGGAUUUGCCCGCUACUGUGCAUCUUCAGGAGUUGAAGAUGCCUGCAGGAUUUGCCUGCUACUGUGGGCAUCGUCAGGAGUUGAAGAUGCCUUCAGGAUUUGCCCGCUACUGUGGGCAUCCUCAGGAGUUGAAGAUGCCUGCAGGAUUUGCCCGCUACUGUGGGCAUCCUCAGGAGUUGAAGAUGCCUGCAGGAUUUGCCCACUGCUGUGGGCAUCCUCAGGAGUUGAAGAUGCCUGCAGGAUUUGCCCGUAUCUGUGGGCAUCCUCAGGAGUUGAAGAUGCCUGCAAGAUUUUCCCACGACCUUAGGCAUCCUCAGGAGUUGAAGAUGCCUGCAGGAUUUGCCCGCUACUGUGAGCAUCCUCAGGAGUUUAAGAUGCCUGCAAGAUUUGCCCGCUACUGUGGGCAUCCUCAGGAGUUGAAGAUGCCUGCAGGAUUUGCCCACUGCUGUGGGCAUCCUCAGGAGUUGAAGAUGCCUGCAGGAUUUGCCUGCCACUGUGGGCAUCUUCAGGAGUUGAAGAUGCCUGCAGGAUUUGCCCACUACUGUGGGCAUCCUCAGGAGUUGAAGAUGCCUGCAGGAUUUGCCCACUGCUGUGGGCAUCCUCAGGAGUUGAAGAUGCCUGCAGGAUUUGCCUGCCACUGUGGGCAUCUUCAGGAGUUGAAGAUGCCUGCAGGAUUUGCCUGCCACUGUGGGCAUCCUCAGGAGUUGAAGAUGCCUGCAGAGUUGCCCGCUCUGGCGGGCACCUCUGGGAGUUGAAGAUUCCCGCCAUAGUGCGUUGCGAAAUCAUGAUAUGCAAAGCGAUCAACACGUGGCCUAACCUCGAAUACCACGCUUGCAUUAACGAGUGCCUGGAUCAAACCUACGUGCUAAAUUGCCAAUCGUAAACUUGG